CACACCCUCCGUGCUGAGCACAGCCGCUUGAGUAGAGACGCACACAGCGGAGUUCGGUCCAUCUCUGCUUGCAGCUAACCACCCCGCAGCAAGGCCACUGCGGGAAGAUGGCGACGGAAAAACAGAAACAUGAAGGAAGAGUUAAAAUUGGACAUUACAUUCUCGGAGACACACUCGGAGUGGGGACGUUUGGAAAGGUUAAAGUGGGCCAACAUGAGCUGACCAAGCACCAAGUGGCGGUGAAAAUCUUGAACAGGCAGAAGAUCCGCAGUUUGGACGUGGUGGGAAAGAUCCGAAGGGAGAUCCAGAACCUCAAGCUUUUUAGGCAUCCUCACAUAAUUAAACUGUAUCAGGUUAUUAGCACCCCUACAGAUAUCUUCAUGGUGAUGGAGUAUGUCUCAGGAGGCGAGCUAUUUGACUACAUCUGCAAAAAUGGAAAGUUGGAAGAAAAGGAGAGUCGUCGGCUGUUCCAGCAGAUUAUUUCUGCAGUCGACUACUGCCACAGACACAUGGUGGUGCACCGAGACCUCAAGCCUGAAAAUGUGCUGCUUGAUGCACACAUGAAUGCCAAGAUUGCAGACUUCGGUUUAUCAAACAUGAUGUCAGAUGGAGAGUUCCUGCGAACAAGCUGUGGUUCUCCAAACUAUGCUGCUCCUGAGGUCAUCUCAGGAAGGUUAUAUGCUGGUCCAGAGGUAGAUAUCUGGAGCAGCGGGGUCAUUCUCUAUGCCUUGUUAUGCGGAACACUUCCUUUUGAUGACGACCACGUGCCAACGCUGUUUAAGAAGAUCUGCGACGGGAUCUUUUUCACCCCGCAGUAUCUGAACCCAUCAGUAAUAAGCCUCCUUAAACACAUGCUGCAGGUGGACCCCAUGAAAAGAGCCACCAUCAAAGAGAUCCGAGAGGAUGAGUGGUUCAAACAGGGCCUACCCAAAUAUUUGUUCCCCGAGGACCCCUCCUACAGCAACAACAUGAUUGACGAUGAGGCCCUGAAGGAGGUAUGUGACAAGUUUGAGUGCACAGAGGAGGAAGUCCUGGCCUGCAUAUACAGUCGUAACCAUCAGGACCCAUUGGCCGUCGCCUACCAUCUCAUCAUUGACAAUCGUCGCAUCAUGAGCGAAGCAAAGGAUUUCUACCUGGCGUCCAGCCCUCCCGACUCUUUUCUAGAUGACCAGCACUUGACCUCAUCCGGUGCAGCUGUGGCCGGCAUUAUCAAGCCUCACCCCGAGCGCGUACCAUUCCUGUUGGCGGAGACUCCUCCCAGGCCUCGCCACACACUGGAUGAAUUGAACCCCCAGAAGUCCAAACACCAGGGUGUUAGAAGGGCCAAGUGGCACCUGGGUAUCCGAAGUCAGAGUAGACCCAAUGAUAUCAUGUCAGAAGUGUGCCGUGCCAUGAAACAGCUGGAUUAUGAGUGGAAGGUUGUGAAUCCAUAUUAUCUACGUGUGAGAAGGAAGAAUCCGAUAACUGGGAUGCAAACCAAGAUGAGCCUUCAACUUUACCAAGUGGACAGUAGAACCUACCUCCUCGACUUCCGUAGCAUAGACGAUGAUAUGGUGGAGACAAAAUCUGGAACUGCUACACCUCUCCGAUCUGGGUCUGUGGGCAACUACCGCACCACUAUUAAGAACGAUGUGGAUGGGGCAGAUGCCGCGGCUUCAUCUAGCACUGUGCAGCCCACAAAGACCGCAGAAGGCUCCUUAGCUUCAUCGUUGACCUCAUCCAUCGACUCCACCGGAGGGGGGGAUUCGAUGACUGUCCCUCGACCAGGAAGCCACACCAUCGAGUUCUUUGAGAUGUGCGCAAAUCUUAUUAAACUACUUGCACGAUAGCUUGCAAAACAAUCGCUAGCCUUUUUUUUCCUCUCCGAGUGUCUUUAUAGCAAUAAGCAUGCAACCGAUUCAUGGCUCAGUUCAUCCCGGCUGAGGAUGAAGUGAUUGUUCCAUGGCACUGAUGCAGGUUAGUGUUCCCAAAGCAGAAGGGAUGUAUACUGAGCUGGCAGGGAAUGUAAGAGGUUAUAUGGAAAGAUGAAAGACGAGCUACUUAAUGGCUAUGACAGAACAACAUUUAGGAGGGGGUUUUACUAUUUCCCGAUCAAUUUAAUAGCAAAUGUCCACAUCCCACCGAUACAUAUAUGCGCAAGUGAUUACACUGAAUAUUCUGUACUGUAGCCAGUGAGCACUGCUUUCCAGUACAGAGACCAAGAUCAAGUUUUUGCCUGCAGAGAAGGACACCACAUGUUGAGGGUUGGGUGUUUGGGUGGCAGUCAUAAAGGAUGCAGGAAGCACUUUUGCACAAGUUUCUUUUAUUUCCUGCUGCUCUUGUUCUCUACGUGGGGAUUAGAGAAGUGGUGCAGAUGUGUCGGGGCACUGCACUGGCUAUAACAAGGGUUGUCAUACCCGUCACAUUCAUUGGACUCUGAAGAAGUGCAAUGACCCCUGUAUUUCUGUCUUGUGUCAGGGACAAACAAAUGCUUCAUCAGAUUUAUGUUUGGUUUCCUUUUUUUUUUUUUUUUUUUGUGAAUCUGAGUUGUCAGAGACUAAAUUUUCAUGGUUUUGUCCUUGUUGUAAAAAUUUGUUUGACUUUGUCUGUCCCCUACAUUUUUAUAUAUAAAGACGUGAAUAUAUUUAUCAGUGGACGGAGUGUUGGUUCUAUUGGAAAUGGAAAUUGUUUUUUCUUUAUUGCAUCAAGAUCUAGUGCUGGAUGGUAUGUAUUUUUCUUUUUUUACUUUCUGGUUUUUAAAUCAAUAUCACAGCUUUGUUUCCUUCAAUCACUUAUUCUGAUACUUGAUUGUCUUUCCAGAUAAAUAUAGCCUGCUUUUACCAUUUAAGAGGUAUUUUGCCAUGACGGUCAAAAUCUAGAAAUAUAUCAUUUUCAGUGUCACAUAUUAAAAUGACAAGUUGAUUUUGACGUUUUUGUUGUACUUUUCUCUAUUUGUUUUUAUUUAGACUAAUGAUUAGGAUUUGAUUAUGAUUACUGAGUGAAAUGCCUUUGCCUACAUCCAAUUUAUAAAUGCCAAUCCAUCACAAGUGUAUAGGCCUCAGGGCCAAAUUUGAAAAUGAAUAGUGGUAGCAAUUACAUGCAGUGCAUGGACAAUGACUAUUGGCAGGUGAAUACAUCCAGAAUAUUGUCAUUUUUAGAUUUUCUUUGUUUUUAUUGCCCAGACAUUCCCUUUAAGGUUGACUUAGAAAAAAGUUUAAACCUGAAACAAACUUAUGAGAAUGGAAUUGUUAUGUCCUGCUGGGUAGAUCACAAUUCUGUAGAAGAGACAUCGCACAAGCAUUAAGAUCAUAAAUGUAUGGGUGAUGUAUUUGAUUUUUUUUUAAAAAGUCAGACUAUAUUGUAUACUUGCAAGCUCACAAAGUCUUAGAUAUGUCUUUAACCACAAGUAUGAUGCGUCUCCCUCCAUUUCCUCUCCACAGUCUUAAAAUUUUAAGUGGUGUCUGUUGUUUGGCUGCCUUAUCAUUAUCAGUACAGUUUAUUGGUUUUAUGUCAGUAAACAUUGGAAUUCGGCGCUGGUCAGAAUUAUUGGUACCUUUUUGCAAUUUUAGGAGUUAAAGUCCUCAAAUUAUUUUGCCAGUGCUGUUGAUUCACAAUUACUGUUAGUUAAAAAAUGAUAGACAUUAUUUUAGGUGUUUGCAUUCCAAAAAAAAAAGAAAACUCUUAACUACAAAACAUAAAAUAAAUGUCUGACUGUUGCCAAACUACUGUGGACCUCGGUAACUGCUACCACCUUUUAAUUAUGUCAGUAGGGAAAAAAGCAAACUUGAAUGGUAAACUGGUUUCUUAUUCAUCAUUGUCAUUUCUGUCUUAUGUCAGUUAAUCCAGGUUUUCAAGAACUUUGCAUGUUCUCAUUGUAAUGUCCGACAAAAAAAAAAAAAAGUUUCAUUUGUGUUAAGAGGUGUUAGCAAUUGCUCAAGUCUCUGUUUCCAGUGUUUCGCUCUUCACAGCUUUAAAAAUCUGAAAUAUCUCAUUUGUAUAAACAAUUUUACAUUUCAGAGAUAUAACACACAAAAAAAUUGCCAAGAGUGACAAUAAUUGUGAUUAUUUUGUUUCUCUUGCUGUCCUGCGGGACAGGUUUGGACUGAAAUAUUUAGUUGAUAUUUGACCUUUUAUGUCUCAGUUUUAAACUAGAGUUUAUGAAAUAUAGUGAUCAUGGUAAUGAAACACACCAUGGUCUUGGAAUGAUAUUGUGGAACUAAACAUUUUUAGUUUUAUAGGGCAGUUGCAAGUUUUGAUUACAAAACUUUUCAUGGGUUUUGUAGGAAAGAUGAAUGUGUGAAACCGUGACCUUUUUGACAGUUUAUGGAGUAGCAUCCCAGUGGACUGUUAGCAGAUUAAUGCUGUCAGUCUAUCUGUUUGGACUGCUUCAAAGAAAUAUUGUUCUAUUUUUGUUUGGUGUGUAAAGGGACCCUACCAGAUUGACCAGUGUAAAUCUGAAUGGACAGUGUUGAAAUCAUUUGUAUACACAACUGCCUAAUAAACUGCUAAAUUGCACACAA